CAGUACACCACCAGAAGAAGAAAAUGCCGAAGAAGAGCUUCAACAGCACAAAUAAAAUGAUGCCGCGUUCAAUUCAAAGUUUUGAAAUUUUAAGGAUGGAAUUUAUAAAGCAUUGCUCGUGUUACUGAAAUUUUGUACACAUCUACGGUUCUCGGUUGUGUGUGGCGUCGCCAUGGCUGGUAUGCCUUUUGCUCUUGAGUGGGAUGAGGUGAGAAGCAUCGAGGCGCAGAGCCUACAUGAAUGUGACAAAGAUGAACUGGAGGAUCUAGUCACACGCUUCACCUCGACAGAAGAGUGGCAGUUGGAGCAUCAAACACAGGAAGACAUUGUCCACCUCCUCCGAGUGUUUCAGGCCCUGCUCAAGACGAAACAUCAGGAAGCAUCGCUCGCCAUGCAGCUGAUAGAAGAGCAAGAGAAAAAUGAAAAUAAACUCCAAGACAAGGUGAUGAGACUGGAGGAUGACCUCAAGUACGCCAAGAGUGGCGGAGGUGGUGGUGGGACAGACAAUCGCUUUCUGAGGAAUGAAAUCAGUCAGCUAGAAACUCAACUGGAACAGAAAGAAAAGGAGGUGACCCACUUGAGAAGAGACAUGGGAGGAAGCAAGAAGACCAUUGAGGAGUUGGUCAAGCGGGCAGAGGCAGCUGAGGACGAGGUGAAGACGUUGAGAAGAGAAAUAAAAAAGCUCAAGAAGAAGAACACACAGCUCCAACAGGAUGCGGAUUUUUAUCAAGGAGAGUUGGAACGUAAGGAGUCAGAAACGACCAAAGAGGAGAACGCUGAGACUCAGCGGAAGCUGAACUCAGCCAACCGCCAGCUCUCCCAAUGCCUGGACGACCUACAGCAAGCAGAGGAUGAGAUCGUACAACUGAAAGCAGACAACCUACACAUGCAGAAAUGUGUGAUGGAGUCAGCCAAGGAGAUGGAAAAGAUGAGCGAUGAAUACAACAAGAUUAAAGUAGCAGUCCAUCAAUGCGACUCCCUAAUAGACCAGCUGCGGAAAGAGAGGGAUCUUGCCGAGCUGCAGGUCAGAGAGUUGACACAGAAGAUUAAUGACAUGACUGAAGAGAAUGACCCCAUUAUGGCAGCAGUCAAUGCGAAAGUGGAACAAUGGAAGAAAGUGCUCUCUGAAAAGGAUGAGGAGAUUUCGGUGUACCAGCAGAUGAUCCGUGACCUCCAGCACAAAUUGCGCGUGGCUCAGUUGGACUUGGACAGAAGCAGCAUUAUUGCCUUGCAACAGUCCGUGGAGGACCGAGAUGAACAGAUCAAGAUCCUGAGAGAACAAGUUGAGCAGUUUACUGGUGAAAUGGAAAAGCAAACGCUGCUUAUGGAGGGUUUGAAGGUGCCGAAAAACGAAAGUGGAGUGCCGGUCCAGCAGAGAAAGAUGGAGGAGCUCACAUCUAAGCGGGAUGCUGCCGAGAAAAGGGCAGCAGAAGCGGAGGAGGCUUUGAAGAGAGCUGAAAGUCACGCCGAGGAAAAAGACCAAGAGCUCAUUGAAGCCUACAAGCGCCUGAAAGAUUAUGAGCGUGGCACAUAUGGCCUUGAAGAAGCCAUCAAUGAGAUCAAGGAUUGUAAAAGUCAAAUCCGAAGCAGGGAUUUGGAGUUGGAGGCCGUGACCAAAGAGAUCAACCGAGCGUAUAUAACAAUCAACCAGCUCACAGAGGAAAAUGAGGAUUUCCGGGAAAGACUUGGCUAUGAACCAAGACAUGAAGUGGACCUUGGUGAAUUCAAGCACGCCAGAAGCUUCAAACAACGGCAGUACAAAGCUGAAAAUCAAGUACUCACUAAAGAGAUUGAGCGUCUUGAAGAGGAACGACUAGAGAUGAAAAAGCAAAUCAGACUACUUGCCAAAGAGAAAGGGCUACCUCUAUCGAUAUUGGUGGAGGACGAUGUCACACACGGCGCAAGGGGGCCAAAGGCUCACAUGGAUGAAGAGCUCCGAGCCAAGAAGGAGCACCUUGAAGAAGAAGUGAAAAUGCAGAAGAGACGACUAGAGCUGCAGAAGACUGAGUUUCAACUCAAAUUGGAUCAGCUCUCCAAAGAAAAAGGAGAUGUGGAAGCUGCACUCAAAGACGUCCUCCAGGCUUUAAAAACCAAGGAGAGCUUUCCAUCUAAUGCUCAUUCAAGUAUUACCGGUCUGGUCGAUGAGGAGAACAUGGGAGGCAAACAACUGACGGGGGAUCUUAAGUCUCAAAUCCAUGAGCUGGUGGGCAGGAAUGAGGAGCUGCGGCGUGAACUGAAAUCCACUCGUGAGGAAGCAACUUGCAGCAUCGCUCAACUCGCUGCUUCAAAAGAGAAGAUAAAUCACCUUGUGGGCGAGUUGGAAGACCUGAGGAAGUCUGGCAAUAUCAUCGGUGGAGCCCUUUUCAAACCUUUGAGUCUCCCCGAAGGUCUGGAGCCGAGCAAUAUGGAGGUCAUCAACUCCUUAAACGAGUACACCAUUCGUCUUCUUCAGGAGCUUCAGAACAAAGAGAACACAAGGGACAUGCUGACUAAAACAUUAGAGGAAUACAAAGAGAAGUUUGCAAUUAUCAGCCAUCAACAAGGGCUUCUGUAUGAGGAAUACCUCAGUGAAAAGUCGCGAUGGGAGAAGGAAAAUAAUGCUCUGGUAACCACCAGAACUAAACUUGAGGAGCAAGGGCAGGAGGAUGCUGUCAAACUCCAGCAGUUCAACGAACUACUGGAUGCCCUUGAGAAGGACCCGGAGGAAGUCAAGCGGCAUUUAAGCGAAGUGCUUCGCAAGCUGACCUUGUCCAAAGUCAACGAGAAGAAGCUAACUCGACGCUGCACCACCCUACUGGAACAGGAGCAACACCUGCGCAAAGAAAAUGCCCGAUUGCGGGAUGCGGAUGUUCAAAUGCAGACUGCCGUCACACAGAGGAUAGGCUACCUUCUUAGAUGCAAGGAAUCGGCAGCGUACCGGAUUGCAGCACUGCAGAAGUCCUUGGAUGAAAGCGUGCCAGCGUCUGAGCUGGAGAAAGCUAACAGGCAGUACACAGAACUCACCGUCAAGUACAGGGACGUGCUGCAGAGAGAUGGACUACUUGUCAAGAGGACCACCAACUUAGAAAAUUUGGAGAGUGAAAAUGCAUCUCUACGAGGGCAUAUGUCCACUAUCAGUAAAGAGUUAGAGAUCACGAAGGAGAAGCUGCACAAGCUGGAGCAUGCAUGGGAGAAUGUUCAGACAGAAAAGGACGAGGGCAACACAGAGAAUGGUACUGACCAUGGGACAUCGGCUGCCAGGCGGAUGGCCACACUGGAGAUGAAGGAGCUGAAUGAGCGACAAAGGGCAGAGCACGCCAACAGCAUGUACGAACAGAUGAGGAGCUCACUCAGUAAAGUGGAGGACCGAAAUGCUGAGCUGGAGGCCAAGUUUGCUGAGCUGACGAAAAUGAAUGUAGAGGCGCAGCACGUGGAGCGAGAGCUGAGGGACGAGCUGGCCAACUGCGUCACCAAAGCAGCCGGUGAUGCCGACCGGGCAAAGAUCGCACAGCUGGAGGCCGUUGAAGCACAACUACGCACUGAGCUAUCAAAGGUUCGGGAGGUUUCUGACAUUGCUAUGAAACAAGCAUCAGCGUUCCAGGCUAGACAACAUUCUAAAGACAAGGAAAUGGAAUCUUUGAGAAGGCAAAUCUUAGACUACCAAUCUCAAUCUGACGAAAAGGCCCUGGUAGCCAAGCUCCACCAGCACAUUGUGGCACAGCAACUCAGCGAGUCAGACGCCCUGGCCAAACUAGCUGCUUCUGCUGCCCACAUCCGUCAGCUGGAGGCGCUUUUGCGGCGCACCGAGCAGCGUCUGGAUGCCAGUGAGCAGGCGCUGUACCUGGCCCGUCAGGAGGGUGGCAACCGGUGCAGACGCCUGCGCCAGACGGUGCAAUCUCUGCGCCGGCAAUUUGCCGGCGCACUGCCAUUGCAGCAACAGGAGAAGUUCUCAUCCACCCUGGUGGGUCUCCAGGAAGAGCGUGCAAAGGCUUGCCAGGAGAGGAGGAAGGCAGAGGAGGAACGCAGGAGGGCAGAGGGCCGGGCCGAGGAGCUGGAGUUGAGGCUCCAAGGCCUAGAAGAGCUCUGUGCUACACUGAAGGAUGUCAAAGGGGCCCAGAAGGUACGCGAGUGGCACAAGAAGUUGGAAGAAGCUCAUUUGCAGGAGCUGAGGAAAAGUAGGGAGGUGGUUGUUCAGAAGGAGGAGAUCCUGUACCUUAAGAAAUUGCUUGAGGAGCAGGAAAGAAACAUUCACUCACUGGAAGAGGAGAUUGUGCAGCUAAAUACGAUUCAAGAAGAGCGACAACUUGCAUGGGAUCAGCGAGAGUUGGAAUUGGAACAUCAGCUAGAUCAGCACGAGAGCCACCAGAAGGAGUUACUGGGAAUCUCUGACAAGGUAAAAGAUGCCACCAGCUACUUUCCAGACACAAAUCUUCCUCUCACUCAACAACUCGAGCUUGCCUUGAAAAAAAUCAGCGAGCAAGCUGAAGCUGUCUCAGACUCGCAGGAAGCUUGCAACCGUUUGAAUGAGAAACUGAAAGAGAAAGAAGCGGCUUUGCGAAAGUCUGAACAGAAUGUGGUUUCCAGAGACAAAGUUAUCAAUGAGCUGCGAAUCCGCCUCCCAACUGUUGUCACCAGCGGCGGGCGUCUACUGGAGGAUGCUUGCGAGCGUGACACAGAAGCUCUCAAGCUUGUGCACAAGACUGUGAAAGAUCUCCAAGAGCGGUUAGAUAAGAAAGAUGGCGUUCUCAAGAAGUACCAGAACCAGUUGACGCAAGCUGUAAAGGAUCAAGAGGAUAUGAUCAAGAGACAUGAUGAAGAGCUGAGGACGCUCUAUCAGAAGCUUGACUCCAACAACGACAACACACUGGACCGUCUCAAACAGCAGGCAGUGGAGAUGAUGAAGAAACCCAGGAUCAUUGUGCCUACCUCCAAACAUUUGGACCACAUGGCCGAGUUGGAACAGACAGUGUUUGAACAAGACGUGUCCCUCACAUCCAUCACCAAAAAGCUGAAGAUGGCUGCCAUGGAGCUGGAGCAAGUCAAGAUUGCCAUGGAAACACAGGCCAAGAAACACAGUGACGAGAUCUCCAGGCUGAAGGAGUCUCACGUUGUAGAGGUCGAAGAGCUGGCCAUGGAGAACAAAGACCAGAGGAAAGAGAUAAUGGAGCUGAAGAAAGAAGUCGACACACUUCAGAAUGAGCUGGAAACCCAAAGGGAGGCCAACAUUCUGUCGCCCAGCAACACCAUGAAAAACCUGGUGGAACGCCUCAGACUCCAGCUGGUCCACAAAGAGAAACAGAUCAAGGCUCUCAGCAAAGUUCUCCUUGAACUGCGGACCCAGAUGACAUCUGCUGCCGAACAACAAGUCUUGACUAACGCUGCACAGACCGAGGAGAGGCUCAACAUACAAAAAUUGGUUGACAAGCACACCAAAGACUUAAAGGAUCAGGUGCAAGAGCUUAAUAACGAGUUACAAGCAGCAAAAGAGUCAGCCAGGAGAAGCGAAAGCAUCCUCAGAAAAGAGGUGGACAGUCUGAACCAAGAGCUACAGAAGAACCAGAACCAUCAAAAGAGCCUUCAGGCCAAGAAGGAGGCAGGAGAACAGGAAAUACAGGAGCUCCAAAAACAAGUCAAGAGGCUGAACAGCUGCAUUCAGAAUCAACCUGUGCUAGAGGGAAAGGGGCAAACUAUUGAGAAUUUGCAGAAAAAGAUCAGGAAGUUGGAGUCAGACCUGGAAAAGAGUGCCGAACUCAAGAGAGUCAAUCAGGGAAAGAACAAAGAGGAACUACUGCUGUGGGAGGAGGGUAAGAAGUGGCAAUCUAAAUUGGAGAAGGUAAAGACUGCUCUGAAGGACAAGGAACAAGAAAACGACACUCUGUCCAAACAGCUCACCACUAUAAAAGACCUCUAUACCAGACUGGAGCGAGAGAAGAACAUUCUGCUGAGGAAAACAAAGGCUCGAGGAGUAACGGCAGACCAGGUGGCAGGAGCAAGACGAGAUGAGCUCGAAAAGCACAUCGAGGAGCUUACGAAAAAGAAUGCAGAGCUGGAGACUGAGUUGAUCUCCAUCAAGCAGCAACAGGCUUUAAGUCAUGAUGAUGCUGUGGAAGAUCUGACUCGGAGGAACCGCCAGCUGGAGGAAAGACUGCAAGCCGUUGAGAAUCAGAUAUCUCCUUCGAGACCACAUUCUGCUCCAUUGCAUGCAAAUGGGGAAAACUUGAAGGCGUUUCAAGGUAUGACAUUUGAUGUGGGUUACGGGCCAUUAAAAGCAAGUGCAAUACAAAAUCCAGAUGAACCACGGUGCACCUCCGUGAGCCCUGACGUUAGCAGAAAUACUCCUGAAAAGUCUCAAAGCAACCCUGAAGAAAAGGGUACAAGCCUUGAGGUGGCUGAACACUUGGCAGAAGACAAAAAUGAUAUAGAGGACAUAGACAAGAUGGUAGGCAAGGUGUCAGAGAACGAUACGGUGAUGCCAAGAGAUCAUGACACGCAAAAAGAAAAUCUCAGACUAGCUUCAGAGAAUCUGGAGCUCCGUCUCCAACUGGCACAGGCAAACAUCGACUUGCCAAAGCUGAAGAGUAAAGUUGCAGACCAGGAGGAACUGAUCAGUGCCUUAAAAAAGGAAUGUGCUGAUUUGCAGAAAAGGCUGGCCAAUACCAAAUUUGUGUACAGCGGUAAGACUGUUUCUGAACUUGAGAAGACCAUCCAGUUGAUGAAGAAGGUGGUGGAGAAGGUAAAAAAGGAGAAUGAGGCACUAAAGAAAAACUCAACUCACAGUCAGGAUAAGGCCUUGGAGCAGGAAUACAAAAAGCUUCAGGCCGAAUGCAGCAAAGUGAAGGGUGAGCAUGCGGCAGAGAUUCGCAAAUUGGAAUCUAAAUGCAGGGGACUGGAGAAGAUUGUGAUGGAGAAUGAACGGCUACGAAAACAAAUCAAACGGGAAGCGGAGGCUGUAGAGAAGCUGCAAUUGUCCAAGACCAGCGUGGAACAGUCCUGCGAGAAGCUGGAAGCCGAGUUGGAGGAAACAAAGGAAAGACUCCGUGAUGCGCUGUCACGACCCACUGUGGAUGUCACGGAUGGGAAGUCCAGCAAGACAUCUGUUGUGACUCGAAUGUUUGAGAACAAGAUGAAGGAGCUUGAGAAGGAGCUUGUGACUAAAAACUCUAGCCUGGCAGAACUCAAAGACAAGUUGAAGGAAGCAAACCGAAACCAGGAAACUGCGCGGAUCCGUAUCCGGCGACUUGAAGACCAGGCCGAGCAAUUGAACAUUGUCAGCGGUCUGCAUACAGAAGCUGAUGUCACAAAGGAAAUCUGUGACUUGAGGAAAGAGAACACCAAGUUAAAGCAAAGACUAGAGAACAGCGAGCAACGAGGGAAAGAGGACAGAGAUAAAUGGAAGCUGAGAGAGCUCCUCAAAUCAGCAGAGGUCGAGAAAAGUGAAUUAGAAGGCCAAGUCCAAGCGCUAAAGGAAGAACUUGGAAAGUUGGAUACAACCUUCUUUGAUGAGAUUGAGGACUUGAAGUACAACUAUAACAUGGAGGUGAAGAAGAACAUUAUGCUGGAGGAGCAGCUGAGGAAAGCGUGUGACCGCUGCCGUCAGUUGAGAUGAAAAUUUUUCUGUGGUUUUCAUUAUAAACUUUCAUGUCUUAUUUUACUUGAGCUACUACACAUUUCAGUGCCUUGAUAGCCUUUGGCAUCAGUGUCAUUUGUGCGUUUUUUUGGGGGGGGUCAGCUGAACAAUGGUAUUUUUAACAAAACGAGCUGUCUUACAAAUCUAAGAUAGAUGAAUGUUACUUUAAUAAGGGUAGAUUUGAAUGUUUUUUUGGGGGGGGUCAGCUAAACAAUGGUAUUUUUAACAAAACGAGCUGUCUUACAAAUCUAAGAUAGAUGAAUGUUACUUUAAUAAGGGUAGAUUUGAAUGUACCUUAUUUAUUUAUGUACUACUGUAUAGUUAUCAAGUUUUUGUGUUAUAAAUAAAACAUUGGUUAUUAUGGCAAACCACU